AUAGUGAGUGUGGUUGGAGCAGUGAUACGUGGCGCUGGGGAGGGAGAGCGGGUGGCUGGAUGGCUGGCUACAUUGUUUUGGUCAACACUGGUCAGUCUUGCCCCACACGCUCUUUUAACCAGUGUUUCCGUAUUCCCGGCAGCUUUUCCCUGUACCGAGCACCGCCAAGCAGCACCAGAGAGGCACGAAUAUGUAAGGGAGGAAGGGAGUACAAGCAAUGCAAUGGGUGACUUCCAAGCACUUACUGGCCUCCCAGGACCUGCAGUGGAACCAGAAACACUCCCUUUCUGGCGACAUUCACAGUUGUCACCAGUGCCACUCACUGCUGGAAGAUUGUGUCACUGUAUGCUGCCAAAGGAAGGAGUACAAGCAACACAAUGGUUGACUUGGAAGUACUCACUGGCCUCCUAGGACUGGCAGUGGAACCAGGAACACACUCCCUUUCUGGCAGCAUUGGCAGUUGUCACUUCUGCCACUCAUUGCUGGAAGAUUGUGUCACUGUAUGCUACAAAAGGAAGAAGAGGAGUACAAGCAACAUAAUGGGUGACUUGCAAGCAUUCACUGGCCUCCCAGGACCUGCAGUGGAACCAGGAACACUUUCUGGCAGCAUUCACAGUUGUCACCAGUGCCAGUCAUUGCUGGAAUAUUGUCACUGUAUGCUGCAAAAGGAAGAAGAGGAGUACAAGCAACAUAAUGGGUGACUUGCAAGCAUUCACUGGCCUCCCAGGACCUGCAGUGGAACCAGGAACACUUUCUGGCAGCAUUCACAGUUGUCACCAGUGCCAGUCAUUGCUGGAAUAUUGUCACUGUAUGCUGCAAAAGGUGUUAGAUCUCUCUCUUUCUCUCUCUCUCUCUCUCUCUGAUAGGUGUGUGUGUGUGUGUGUGUGUGUGUGUGUGUGUGUGUGUGUGUGUGUGCUUACCUAUCUAUCUAUCCAUAUGUCUAAACAUAGGAGCUUCAGAAAUUGGGGGCUGUAUAGGGUCAGAUGCAAAAGGUAGAGGAUCAUAGUGUUUUUAGUUUUUUUUCUUUUUAUGGAAUUUGUAUGAUGUAAUUCCAAUUUACUGAAGACUUUUGUUUUACACGUUAACACUUAUUUUCAUAUUUAACUAUUUUUUUUAUGUCCCAAGUAUUUGAAAACCUAAUUGUCAUGUAUUAUGGAAAUAAAAUGUUACCUGCA